CUCUGUCAUGAUUCGACAUUGUCCCACAGGCACUAAUCGAAUCAUGCCCACUCCUUUCCACAGAUACCAGCAGCACUUGCUAAAUAUAGCUGUGACAUCCCUGACUAGUCAAACUCAGCACCCUUUAGAUGUAUCACUUAUUGCAACCUGAUCCUGAUUUACAGUCUACACUUCCUAUUGUGCACCACCCUUCACUCGGCAACUCUAUACAUUCGGCAUAUACAAAUGUGCACACACACACCGUGCUACCCCCUUACUGGCACAGUAUAAUGCUCCAAAGACUCAUUAAUGAGAAGAUGCUUUACCAUCACUGCACUUUAAAACAUGAUCUCUUCAUAUGAAAAGCUUUAAUGUUUAAUUUUAAGCACAAGCCUGUAGAUUAUUCAUUCAGAAACGCAAUUACUUUCAUGCUCUUUGGCUCUCACCAUUAUCCAGAUGUCUCCAAGUCCAGUGGAUGCCUCACGCGAACUAUUUAAAGUAUGUUUCUGUUCCAGUUCUCUGUUCUCGGUUUUCUUCACGUGGUUUGUGCAAGGGUGGUGUGCAGCUUUAAAGGUGUCUUGAACUAUUUCAAGAAUGUUUGCUGUUCCUGUUCAAAUACGUGUUUAUUUGUGGUUUCUUGCCAUGUAACGUAUGGUGUGUUUUGAAGCCAAAGGUGUGAAUAGGCUUGUGAAAGUGCUUGUGUGUGUGUGUGUCCUCGCAUUGUCAUGUUCUCCUUUGUGUGGGGAUUUCUCUGCAUGACUGCCAGGUGCCAUGUCCCCAUUCAUCGGUGCUACUCUGAUCCUUCGGAUAAUAUAACAAGCAUGAGCCCCCGCCACACCCCCCUCCUCCAGUGAACAUCCUACCCCUACAAUUAACCUAACAAUGUUUUUGCUGCUUGAAACCGGGCACUUUUGGAAAGCUAUGGAGUUAUUCAUCUUUGCCUUGGUAUAGCAGUAUUUUAAGCACUUCCUGCAAACCUUUCCUUUGUUUUGACAUGAAGUACAAAGCGGUUGCACAACAGAGCAGCAGGGUAAUCCACUAUUUCAAUAGCGACCUGUGACACGGUAAGCAAUAUGUCACUGUCACUGCACAACAGCCCAUUGUGCCUGGAGCGCGCAGUUGGUCGAGCGAGUUUAGACAACGUAUGAAUAUUUGGAAACAAAUGGAUCUUUUCUCCAGCACUUCUUCUCCUUUUGGUGAGUUUUCUUAUUUCAGCACAUUUGAGCACAUUAGGGCAGGUUUGGCUUGUGGACAUAUUGUGAGUACCUCAAUUUACCUUAAGUCUUUCUGUAGCUGCGUCCGGCUCUUAUGUAUGUCCAAUUAGCGGAUAGCAGGUGUCUCUGGCGUAAACAGAGAAGGUAGAGAGGAGAGGGGCGACAGGUGGAGGGGGUAGAGAAGGAGGAGUAAGGGGUAAGUGGGAUGGGUGGAGUAAGGGAUGUAUUUAAGACGGAGUAGUCCUCAUCCUCCUUAACAGUUGCUUUUACCUCCUCUCUUUGCACCUGAACAGCAGGCCAGCACUAAUCCUCCACUCAGAAUGUCUUUGCCUAACUCCGAGAAUGCUUCCACCCUGGAGAAUGCCAUGCAGCUCAUGAUCCAGACCUUCCAUAAGUACUCUGGAAAUGAAGGGGACAAAUAUACACUGAGCAAGGUUGAGCUCAAAGAAAUGCUUACCAAAGAGCUUGGCAGCUAUCUGGGGAACGCCCAGGAUAAGGAAGCUGUGGAGAAGAUUAUGGGAGACCUGGAUUCCAACAAUGACGGAGAGGUAGAUUUUACAGAGUUCAUCAUUUUGGUUGGAGCUCUCACUGUGGCCUGUAACGACUUCUUCCUGGAGUACAAUGACAAGCAAGAGAAGAAGAAGUGAACACACCCUUCACCCAGCGUCUCCACUUAAAAAUCCCACAUGUUCCAGGGAGGAAGCACUUAAGGAGAAAGAGAAGGCCCAUUUGGGACAUCCUGUCAUGGACCUCAUGUGCACAAACACACAGACACACAAACAAACCUCUAAUAGAGAAAUAAAUGUUGUGUUUUGUCCUCAAUGUCCCUUGAAUUCAUUCAAACUGUAAUAUUACUGCAAAGUGAAAAUCUUUAGCGUUUCAAGAGCCGUCAUUCUUGAAUAUGUGAAUAUCUCUCUUUCUGCUCUUUUCGUGCAUCUUGUCACACAUUUAAGUUAAGGGAUGCCCCCCCCUGGAAAAAAAAUAAAUGUGACCUUUACUCAAACAAGUUGGCUGUGCAUUAUUACAGCAGAGAACGAGUAUGAACAAACAACGAGCACCAGGUGGCAGCAAGUGGUCCUCUGAAUCCAGCGGUUUUGGUGCAUUACUUCUAAUUUGCAUUGCCACAUGGGUACAGCAGUUUAUGCCAGAGGUGGAUGGAUGCAGACCAGAGAUACUAUGUGAUAUUUACGAAAUACACAUUCUAAGAUGUUGUCAUUAAGUCUUGCUAAGCGUAAGAUAUGAGAGACAGUUAUUCCUGCUGUGGUGUGAAUUAUUCAAACUGGCUCUCUGCACUAAAAAUGUCGGUUUAUAUGUGUAGAUAAGAACUACCUACAGUCCUGUUUUCACAGUAGAAUAAUCAGAACCCAGAGUGACCUUGACAGGGCUUUAAACACAUUAUUGUUUAAAAGCCCUGCUUCCUAAGAGAAAAAAAAGUUCUGUGUGACUGAGUGUGUGUGCAUUUUUGUUCAUAUAAAAAAGGAAGUUGCCAGCAUCAGUAUUAGAAAGCCAGGAAAUGUUUCCUUCUUUCAUGUGAAAACAUGUCACGCAGACAUACUUUGAUUAAUCUGAACCUACAACCUUUAUUGGACUGGUUAAGGUGUGCACAGGAGCAGAUUUUAGAGUCAGGAAGGGGAAGGUGAAAGAUGGGAGAGCAUAAUGAGAGAGGAAGUGAGAGAGAAAGGAAGGAGAGUGGAAAGGUCAAAAAGAGAAAGAGAAGAGA